GCUUAACCUGAGAUCACACUUGCAAGCAGAAGUCACUCAUUUCAUGUGUUGUGAAGUAAUAGCGAGGUUCAGAAAUGCAAGACGUCUAUGAAGAUAUGAGUUUAAAUAUCUGCAAAAUUGACAGUAUUGAAAACUAUCACUCUCCAACAGACACAGAGGAUGAUAUUUAUGUGAAUACAGAAGACUGUCGCGCAGAGCUGAAAAAUUCAGGAUCACAAGCAGUGGAUGAUGACUAUGUGAACACACAGCAGCUGCAUCCGAAGACUAAACAAAGCACAGCUUCAUCUAGUUACAACAUCAUCAUAUCUGCUCUUGGUCUUCUGCUGCUUGGAGCUUUAGCAUCACUCUGUGCUGUAGGGAUCUUGUAUCACAAUAAAGUUGUUUCCACUGAGAUGUUAAGUGAAAGACACGAGAACACUACAGCGAAACUGAUGGUGCUACAAUACAAAGCUACUGAGACAGAGAAACUGAUUGGGAUGCUGAAGGCAAAAUACCAGCAAGCUCAUGAACGUCUGUCUGCAUGCAAUGCAAAACAAACCUGUACACUUUGUGAGGAAGGAUGGAAGUCUCUUGGUUUAAAGUGUUACUACUUCUCCACUCAUAAACUGAACUGGACACAGAGUCGAGAUUACUGUGUGGAGAAAGGAGGUCACCUGGUGAUUAUAACCAGCCAAACUGAACAGGACUUUUUAUUCUCAAAAAUUGGAGAAACACACUGGAUUGGCUUGAAUGACUUGGAGACUGAGGGUCAGUGGAUGUGGGUGAACAACCAGCCCUUAAAGGAGACUGGUGUAACGUUCUGGUUAAGUGCUCCAAAACAGCCUGAUAACUGGAAAGCCAAGGACCCUUCUGGAGAGAAUUGUGCUGCUCUAGGGGAUGAAUAUGGUAACAUACAUAAAUGGUUUGAUGCUUCUUGUAGUACAAUCAAAAAGUACAUCUGUGAAAAGUAAAAUACAUUUCUCUUAAAUUUGAGUCUGCAAAUAUUUGUUUUUAUGAAUGGAGAACAAUUCUUGGUUGUUGACUAUAAAUAUUUGAUAUUGAAAAACAGCUAACAUGAAGUUUACCUACUUACUGCAUAUACAUAUCUCACAAUUUAUAUAAAAAAUAUUUUUCAGACUCCAUAAAGUUUCACUUUUCUGCCACAUUGUAAAAUGUUGUAUUUUUUAGCUUGUCUUAACCACUAGAACAUCAGACGAUCAUAUGUGUGAAAUCUUUUAAAUUAUUGUACUGUAAGGAUGAACAUGUGUCUAUUUUAUGAAUGAAGUGUGUCCAGAUUAUGUUUGCUGAAACUAGAUGUAA